GGCCUUUGAUUAUGCGGGGCGAGGUGGUGAAAGGAGAAGCACCAGAAAGUUAGAGAAAUUAGGAACAUAAACAUACAAACCAAAAUAUACAAACUACUCCGUAUAACAAACACACAGAGAAAGGAGGAGGAAAGAAGCAUUCCGUGUAGUUUGGCUCUAGGUUGGGGAGGCAUCUUUGCCUUGUCCGAAAGGUCAGGGUCAAGGCCAGAGGAGACGAAUUCGCGUGCAUCUAUGGAAACGUGUUCCACACUGAACCUUCCACUUUCUAUCAAAAUAUCACCAUUUUCAUGACCUUUCACAUUCCCGAAUUCGCGAUUCUCAAAAUCUGAAUUCGCCUCUGUUCUCUCCCCUUACCUUAAUGGUCUUCUGAGUCCCCUUCCUUCCCCUUAGGGUUUCUUCAUUUCUUCUGCUUCUUUCCCAUCUUCAGGUGUUGCUGGUAUUGUAAGCCAUGCCGACAUAUACAGCAAUAGCUAUGGAUAGAUUGAUAGAAUCCGGGGGCUCAAAAUCCAUGGCAACUUCCAAGAGCAUUCCUGAUUCGAAGUUUGCGAGGAGGAACAACACUCCUAAUUCAAGUAUUGAUAAGAGCAAGAACGGUUCUACUUCAAAACUAGAAAGAAAAACUGUUGAGUCUAAUGUAAAGUUGGAUGGUACAAAUUGUAAGUCCUCCGUCAUAGUAGAUAGGAAAGACCAUUGGACUCAAAUAUCUCCUGCACUAUACACAACUCCCAAGCCAACGCCGCUUCCAGAUUCUCCUUCGUCAUUUCCUCCAUCGCCCUACAUAAUCAAUCACAAGCGUCGAGGUCCACGACUUUCAAAGAGUUUCGCCGAAGAUGAUUUCGGCACUCAACAACAAGCUCUAGAUGGAGAGAAGAUAGAUGAGAAUGUAACGUACACGGAGAAGGAGCUCCCCGGUACAUCUAUUGAUGAUUCUUCCAUUUCUAGGGAUACAGUUAAUUGUGCGAAAGAGGAUAAUUUACUGAUCACUAAUGAUAACCUGGUUAAUGGUGGUGAAGUGAGUGACCUCUCUAAUGGGGAUCUUCUUCACCAAGAUUUGCCUAAUGGUUCAGCUGGGCAGAAUGGUACGUUGAAGUUUGUUGCAUUCAAUUUGCAGAGAGGUGGUGAAGCUGAUGAUUUCUUUGACCCCCAGGAAUCUCUGAGUGUCAAGAGUAAUGGUGAGAGUGAGAAUAAUGGUGGAUUGCAGCGCUCUGUAAGUGCCAUGACUCCGUUGGGAGAAUUUUAUGAUGCGUGGGAAGAACUAUCUUCAGAGAAUGGCCCACAGAUACCUACACAUGAUUUUGAAAAUGAGCUGCGAGAAAUAAGAUUGAGCUUAUUAAUGGAAAUUGAAAAGCGAAAACAUGUAGAAGAAGCUCUAAGCAAUAUGCAAACCCAGUGGCAAAGGAUUCGUGAACGGUUAUCCCUUGUGGGGUUGAACUUCCCUCCAUGUCUUGUUGCUGGAGAUGGAUUGGACAAUGAACAGCUAGAUGAUCAGGUGGAAGAUUUGUUUCAACAAGUCCACAUCGUUCGGUUUGUAUCAGAUUCCAUUGGAAGGGGAAUAGCAAAGGCUGAGGUGGAGACAGAAAUGGAGGCCCAAAUUGAGUCGAAGAACAUUGAGAUGGCUCGACUAUGGGACAAGUUGAAUUAUUACGAAGCUGUAAAUCGAGAGAUGUCACAGAGGAAUCAGGAAGCUAUAGAGACAGCGCGGCGUCUUAGGCAAAUAAGGAAGAGAAGGCAGAAGAAAUGGAUAUGGGGGUCGAUUGCUGCUACAAUUACACUAGGCUCUGCUGUCUUAGCCUGGUCUUACUUUUCUGCUGAAAGAGCAUCAUCUUCUUCAAAUCAGUCUCAUAGUCUUGAGGGUGACUCCACAUCAGAACUAUGAGUUCUCAACGUAUAGGUUAAGGUGUGCUUAUUAUACAGGGAAAUAAGGAAGCAGGAGAUCAAUCAUACUGUCUUGUGAAUAUCUCAUAUAUUCUUUCCCUUUUUGAUACAUAAAGCAUAUUUCUGCUAUUGCACAUGUACAGUUCCUUGAAAAUAAAUAAAGCAUUUGCUCUGGGGUUGUUCGCACGGCCUAUGAAAUGGUUCAUAUAACUUUCAGUUCAUGGUGUUGGAGGGAACAUUUUCUUUGUGAAUUUUGCAGGCUUGGAGGAGCAAUUUCUCCUUAGAGGCGGCUUGCCUACAGACUAUUGAUUAGAUUUCUUCAGCUGACGGAAAAGUUUAUCUCGUCCACUAAAACUGCACAGUAGUAGUGCUUUUCAGUUUGCAUUCAUUAUAAAUCAAUUGAGUACACUUUUCUUGUUUUGCUAAGAGUUGGACUUGCUGCGGUGAUACCAGCUAAAGGAAAGGCGAAGGUAUGUCGACCACAAUGAACACUUCCUUGGAGUUCGAGAUCAUAUGUUGUAUGGUGAUCCUAAAAAAUAACCCUUUGAGAAAAACUAAUAAAGGUCCCAUAGAAGAUACUUUCGUGUUAAGAAGUAAUUACCAAAAGAACCUGAUCUGCACGUUGGAUUGAGUGGAAGUAGAAAACAAGAAAUAACGGAGAAAAUAUCCUUAGAGCUCCGUUUGGUACGGCUCAACUUUUCUGGUGUUUGAUGAGUGGGCGAAAGAUAUGUGCAAUGUUUUGGUUGAA